AUGAGUGCCAAAAAAGAUACAAAAUCGAGUUCGUCUACAAAUUCGGCUUUUGAUGAAGAACCAACAGGAGAAAGAAAUAGUAGUCAACCAAGUCCGAUGGGCUCAAAUAUUUUUAUUGUUAAACCGGAUGACGAAAAAAAGAAUCGUUCACAUUCAGAACCAUUUCGACAUGAUCCGAUCACACGCAAUAACAUUGGUCGAAGUAUUCUUCGUGGUAUUCGAUCACUUUGGGCAACACGGCAAACAGAAAAAGAUCUUGGAAAAAACAAAGACUUAUAUGUGAAAACAACAUUACGAGAACUUAUUAUCUAUUUGGUUUUCAUUACUAUUUUAUGCAUAAUUACAUUUGGAAUGACAUCAACGAAAACAUAUUAUUUUACUACGGUUUUACGUACAGUACUUACUGAACAAAAAGUUCAAGGUCCUGGCGCACAACCAGCAUUUGAUGAUAUCGCAAGUUUUGAAGAUUUUUGGAAUGUUAUGAGUGGACCUAUUAUCGAUGGUUUAUUUAAUCAAAAAUGGUAUAAUGGUGAAAACUUAACAGAUGAUCAAUAUGGUUAUAUUUUAUUUGAAAAUAAAAUUCUCGGUUUACCUCGACUUCGACAACUUCGUGUAACAAAUGAUUCAUGUAAUGUUCAUAGAAAAUUUCGAUCAACAAUUCAUGAAUGUUAUGCACCAUACAGUAGUAAUAAAGAAGAUCGUCGGAGUUACGAGCCACAAAAUGACAAUUUGACAUCAUCAGCUUGGCAUUACAGAACAUCAUCGGAACUUCAUGGUUCAUCAACAAGUGGUUUAAUUUCUCGAUAUGAUGGUGGUGGUUUUGUACAAGAUUUAACAAUAAAUCAUCAGGCUGCUAAAGCACAACUUGAUAGUCUUAAUGCUAAUUUAUGGCUUGAUCGUGGUACACGUGUUGUUUUUCUUGAUUUUACAGUUUAUAAUGCAAAUAUAAAUUUAUUUUGUCAAAUUAAAUUAACUGUCGAAUUUCCAGCAUCAGGUGGAGCUGUACCGUCAAAAUCAUUUUCAACAGUAAAAUUAAUUCGUUAUGUUUCAUCAAUGGAUUAUUUUGUAUUAGCAUGUGAAAUUUUAUUUGUUAUUUUUACGGUUUAUUAUACAGUUGAAGAAGUUCUUGAAAUAGCACGUUUUAAAUUUCAUUAUUUUAAAACACUUUGGAAUAUACUUGAUGUAGUUAUUAUUUUAAUUUCAUACAUUUGUAUUGCAUUUAAUAUUUAUCGUCAAAUCAAAGUUGGACAAGCUCUUGAUGAAUUAUUAAAAGAUCAAAAUAGUUUUGCUGAUUUUGAAUUUCUUACAUAUUGGCAAACACAAUUUAAUAAUAUUAUUGCAUUUACUGUUUUUCUUGCAUGGAUCAAAAUCUUUAAAUAUGUAUCAUUCAACAAAACGAUGACACAAUUAUCGACAACAUUAUCACGAUGUGCAAAAGAUGUACUUGGUUUCAGUGUUAUUUUUACAUUAUUUCGUAUUAUAUUGGGAGAUUUUAAUUUCGAUGCAAUUUUGGAAGCACAUCGUAUUCUUGGCCCAGUAUUCUUUUUGACAUAUGUCUUUUUUGUAUUCUUCGUAUUAUUGAAUAUGUUUUUGGCUAUUAUUAAUGAUACAUAUUCCGAAGUUAAAAGUGAUUUGACAACACAAAAAUCUGAAUUUGAAUUAGGUGAUUAUUUCAAAAAAUCUUAUGAAAAAAUGCUUGAACGUCUAAAUGUUAAACGAGACCGUGUUAUUGAUAUAAAAAAUGCAUUAAAAAGUGCUGAUCUUAAUAAAGAUGGAGUUAUUGAAUUUGACGAAUGGCGUCGUGAUUUAAAAGCUCGUGGUUAUACAGAUGUUGAAAUUGAAAAUGUUUUUUCACGUUAUGAUGUUGAUGGUGAUCGAGUACUUCGUGAUGGUGAACAACUUCAUUUUAAGUCUGAUCUUACUACAAUAGAAAAUAAUUUAAAUAUGAAUAUUAAAGGGCUACAAAAUGAAUCACAUGGUACAAAACAAUUAAAUGUAAAAGAUCAAAAUGGAAAUGAAAAUAUUGAUGCAAAUCGUAUAACAUAUGAUGAAUUUGCAAUUGUAGUACGGCGUAUUGAUCGAAUGGAAUAUUCAAUUGGAAAUAUUGUUUCAAGAAUUGAUGAUGUUUUAACAAAAUUGGAAGCAUUAGAAAAGAGUAAAAUGAAACGUCGCGACGCUUUAACAAGAAUUUUAAAUACUAUAUCUGAAGAUAGUCACCUGAGUAGAGAAGAUAGACACGAGCGUUUAGAAAAAAUGAUUCGUAAUGAACUUGAAGCAAACAAUUCAGAACGUCAAACACCUAUACAAAGUUUACUUACAGACACACCUGCUGCAUCAGCUAAGCCUUAUCAUCAAAGUCAUACAUCAUUACGUCAUGGACAAAGUGAAGAUGAACGACCAAGACCGCCGAGUGGAAUAAAAAUGAAUCAACACUAA